CUGAUCUAGUACCGAGCUUAGAAACUGCAGAGCUCUCCGUAGAAUAUUUUUGCAGUUCUCACAUUUGCGGUUAACAACUAAGUUAACAAAGUAAUCGAGCAAUAUGUUAAUCAUAUAAAGCAAUUAUAUUUGAUAAAACUACUCGUUUGUUUCCCGCCCAGAAGAUCGUAAACUGUACAACAAUACACCCUAACCACACCAACAACCAGCGACGCGACCAGUGCCGAUUGAAAAAAGGGCAACGCAAGUCGCGUCGCGACGGAUUCCGCCAAAAAUGAAUUCCGGUGUGGUGGAGCGUACGAGGCUUGGCGAGGAUUGUCUCGAAAAUUCUGAAGAAUUCUCACCGCCUGAAAGAAAACGGCUACGUUUGGAUAACAAUUGCAAUAACAACUUGAAUAGUACUCUGAAUAGCGCAUCUAAAAAUAAUGAAAAGUGGUUGUCUUCCGGUGAUACAAAUCUUGUAGAACCAGAGAUUUUGGAAGACAUGGGUGUUAGUAUGUUGGAAGAUGAAACAUCCCAUGAAAGCACAAAAAAGUCUCAGUCUCGGGAAGAUCCUAUAUCACCAGUUGGUCUGAAUACUGGAAGGCAAUGUGAAACAGUUAAUAUUUUUGAAAAUCAACAUACCAUUUAUAGAGCUUCUAGCUUUGAUACUGUUGUUGUGGAUAGACCAGAGCAAGAUUCGUACGAAUUAGAUGAACCAGCUGCUUAUUCGACUGUUGGAAACGAAUCCGGUUAUUCUUCCAGGAUGGAAAUAGAUAAUUUUAUUGAUACAAAAGAAAGUUUUUGUAAAGAUGGUUUAAAUGUUUCUUCGGAAAGAAAUAGCCUCGAACAAUUUUAUCUCUACAGGAGGAAAAGAAAACCUUCGAUCAUCGGCGAGGACAAAUUUAAUAAAUUAUCGGACGAGAUGAUAUUAAUGAUAUUAAAAUGGCUUCCUAAGAAGUGCUUGGUACAUUCUAUGCUGGUUUGUAAACGGUGGUGUCAAAUAGCACGAGACGAAGCAUUAUGGACUAGAUUAGAUUUAGGGAGUAAAGUAUUAACCGAAGGUACAUUGGGACAUAUAUUACCACGAGGCGUCCAGAUACUUCGACUCGCUCAAGCAGAAAUUGCGGAUUCAGUAUUUCUCGAAAACAGUCAAGUUUUUAUCGAUGGUUACGUUAGUAAAUUACAAUACUUGGAUCUCUCGAUGGCAGUAAUUAGUCCAGAUGGAUUGGCUAUGUUAUUGUCUAAGUGUAAAUACCUUAAGAAGUUAUCUUUAGAAAAAUGUACCGUAAACAGAUUGUGUUGCAAAGCUAUCAGUGAAAACACAGAUCUAGAAACAUUAAAUUUAACGAUGUGCAGGGGUAUGGAUGUUGAGUGUAUCAAGGAUUUAAUAAAACUAAAAAAUUUGAAUGCUGUUAAUAUGGCCUGGUGCGGUUUAGAUACCGAGUCUAUGACGUUACUUUGUAAAUCUCUAACUCCAUCGGUUACACGUUUAAACAUAGCCGGAUGUAGGAAAACAAUGUCAGAUGAUAAUGUCAAGGAUUUAGUGAAAAGUUGUCCGGAUAUGGUAGAAUUAGAUUUGAGCGAUUGUACCAUGCUUACGAUGAACACCGUCCAUAACUUACUAGAUUUAUCAAAAAUCGAACAUUUGUCGUUGAGUCGUUGUUACGGCAUACCUUCGUCCACAUACUUAACCUUAGCAUACAUGCCAUCUUUGCUGUAUUUAGACAUCUUUGGUUUGAUGUCAGAACCUAUAUUGAAAACUUUACAAGUUACCUGUGGCGAAACUCAACUUAACAAGUUCCCGUAUAGUUCUGUUGCGAGACCGACGGUCGGUGUCCGAAGGACGAGUAUCUGGGGGUUACGCGUCAGAGAUUAAUAUAAAUACGCCGAUAUUUUUGCGUAAAAAUAAUGGUAAAGACUAAGUGAAAACCAAAGGGAAACUGGAAUGUACGUAAUAUUGUGCCUUUUCGCAAAAUGUCUUUUUAUCAAGAGACUGAUUUUAUAUUAUUAUCGAAACAAAAAUAAAUGAAUGAGUUUUUUGUAUAAUA